CAGGAAGGUACAGCGUUUUGGCUCGACAUGUCAUCGACGUUGCCCUUUGACAAGGAGGCUUACCUCGAGCGCAUCGGACUUCCAACAGACCCUGUGGAACUUGGCUCGGAGAACUCGUUGGCUUUCUUGACCAAGGUUGUUGUCCAUCACCAUUUGGCCAUUCCCUUCGAGAACCUUGCGGCAUGUGGCGUCUUUCCUGUGGACCGUGGUCACGUCCAAGACAGUGCAGUCGAGCGCAUUUCGUUGGAUGCUGACAAGAUCUUUCAAAAGCUAGUGACGGACAAGCGUGGAGGCUACUGCUUUGAGCAAAAUGCGCUGCUGGCUGCGGCGUUGCGUGCGUUUGGCUUCACGGUGGACACCCUUGCGGCUCGAGUUGUGAUUCCUUUCCAAUCGGACGCAAGUGCUGGCUUGCGAUUGACUGGUCUGAGCCACAUGAUCAUGCUUGUACGAUGCGAAGGCGAAACGUCACAGUACCUCUGUGAUGUAGGGUUUGGGGGCCGGGGUCAACCUCCGUCGCCGCUGCCAUUGAACGAAGAUCACGUUGUGGAAACGAAGGGAGGGGAAAAGUACCAGCUGAAGCGAGUGCACCUUGAACGCCACGCGUCCCCGUCAACGUAUUCCGGGGACUUUCUCCUCGUCGCGACUGCUCCUCCUGCUGCGAGUACGUUUUGGGGGGUGUACUACAAGACUCAACAGGCUGGCGACUUCCACGCCAGCUACGUGUUCUCCACGGAAAACUUGAUGGCGCACGCCGACUACAUCCCAGCGAAUUGGUAUGUGUCGACCAGCCCUCACAGUCGCUUUACGCAGGCUGCAACGUGUGCCAAGCGGACGGAAGCUGGUCUGUUAUCCCUCCUAGGCAUGACCUUCAACCACAUUGAAUACGGACAAGUGGUGGAAUCCAAGACACUGACGUCCACGGCCGAGGUGUUGAAUGUGCUUGAAGAUCGCUUUGGCCUCGUUCCCCCGUCGCCGCAGUAGACAUGCACUUUGCACUUAGCAGACAGUCAAGAGUACUCAUUCUUGUUGUACAAUCUCAUGCCCACAUUGACCAGUUCUAUUGGCUCAGUUGGGAGCGCGUCUACUUCGAGAUCAAUUUACGCUUGAUUUAAGUAGGAAAUGGACAUUCUCAUGGUCUGCUGGUUCAAUCCUCGGUUUUCUCAGGUCAUUGGCAUCGGCACCAGGAAGCGGAGUAAGCUCCCCUUCCACUCACGAGAAUGGUACUGUAAUGGCACUGAAUGUUGAUAUAUCAUUCGUUUC